AUGAGGAUCGACAUCCUCAACACGGUGCGGGAGGAGAUGCGGGAUCAGGUGACGGUGAUCAUCUCCAGCCUGGACAACCUGAUGGUGGUGGCGACGCUGAUGCUGUCCAUAGGCUUCGGCUUUGUGGUGGAGGGCACUUUCCCACCGGCAGAGAAGGACUACGAGUACGACGAGCUGCAGAGGCGAGGCGAAUCGUGA